CGGCAGGGCCCCGGCGGCGAGGAGGGGGACGGCCCCGGGGAGCCCGGCAUGGUGCUGCGCCUCAAGUUCCUCAACGACACCGAGCGCCUGGCCCGGGUGCGCCCCGGAGACACCGUGGGGGCCCUCAAGAGGGCCUACUUCCCGGGGCAGGAGCAGCAAGUGCGGCUGAUCUACCAGGGCCAGCUGCUGCGUGACGAUGCCCAGAGCCUGGCCGCCCUGCACCUCACCCACAACAGCGUCCUGCACUGCCACAUCUCCCAGCACAGCCCGGCCCCCGCGCCCGCCGGCCCCCACGCCUCCGCCGACCCCGUGCACGCCGCCCUCAACGUGGGCAGCCUGAUGCUGCCGCUCUUCGUGCUGAUGCUGGCCGUGCUCUGGUACUUCCAGCUGCAGUACCGCCACGUCUUCACCGCCACCGCCACCACCUUCCUGGCCGGCCUCACCCUGCUCUUCAGCUUCAUGGCCUUCACCAUGUACCGCAGAUAGCGCUGCUCCCGCCCGGAUCACCGUGGGGCCGGGGGGACGUCACCCGCCGCUCCCGAACUCGAGGGGAGCCUGGGCCACCGACUGCAGCCCAGCCAUCCCUGGGGGCUGCGGGACUCGGCAGGCCUGGAGGAGCCGCAGCAGCCCCGUGCUCAGGCCUGGCCCCCGCCCCACUGGAGGGGCGCACGGACACGCAGCCCGGCACUGCCGGCACCGGACCCUUACCCGGCACGGGGCGAAGCGCUCUGCUGCUGGGGCGCGCGGCGCUGCCAGGGGGCGGGGGUGGAACGGGGAGGGGGGUCCUGGGGCGCCCCCGGCCCCCGCUGCCAGCCUG